UCUAGAUCUAUAUUCUAGAUCUAUAUUCGAGCUACCUGAUCAAGACUUGACUUUCACUAGUUUAGUAAUAAAAUAUAGGCCUAUCACAGAUUACAGACUGGCUGAACAGCACAGCUGGUGACAACCAAUCCAGUAUUGCCGUGCUCACAGAUCAUCAGUCAUGUCUUACAAAUGGGAGGUGUGUAAACCAAUGCCGUCCAAGCGAGUGUUUGCUAGUCCACUGAUCCAUGAAGACAACCUGUAUAUCAUUGGUGGCUGUGAUGAGAAGGGGAUUCCCCUGGAUAGUUUUGAAAUGUUCAGUUUCAAGCAGAAAAAAUGGCAUCGGCUACAAAACAUGCCAACAAAGAGAGCAGCGCCAGCAGUAGCUGCCGUAGGUAAUAAAAUUGUUGCUGUUGGUGGCGUGUCGGAGUCCCAGAAUCCUUUGGAGGCUAUUGAAGUGUAUGAUAUAGCUGAGAAGAAAUGGACAGUGGUGGAUCCUCUUGGAGAAAAGCUGCUUGGGAUUUCUUGCGUGAUAAGAGAGAACAAAGCUUAUUUUAUGGGAGGAAUGGGUGCAGACACAAGUCCUUCUGAUAUGUUUGUAGAGCUAGACCUAGAGAGCAAUAAAUGGCAGAAGCUUCCCCAUCUACUUACACCACGUUAUGCCACGUUUGCAUUUCUCAUCCAGGACAAGAUCUAUUUACUAGGUGGCAGACAGGGUAAAAUCCCAACAGCAGCGUGCGAGGUGUACGACUUCUCCUCCAAACAGUGGUCAAAGCUCCAGGACAUCCCCAGCAAGAGAGUCUUUGCCAUGUAUGCAGCCAAUGACAGCCACAUCUUCAGCGUUGGGGGACUCUUGCAACCAGCCAACCUGGGCUUCUCAGAUGUCUGUGAGGUUUACAGCAUAGAGAAAGGUGAGUGGACAGUGGUGAAACCCAUGCCAACCAAACGUGGAGACUUUGCUGUUGGUGUUGUCGGAGGAAAGCUGAUUUGUGCUGGGGGAUUAGGAAAUGAAGGUAAACCAUUGAAGGUGACAGAAGUUUAUGACUUACAAUCCAACAGCUGGGCCAGCAUCACAGAGACACCCACAUCACAUUGUUCCUGUUCCUACAUCAUGGUCAAAGAUCGUCUUUAUGUCUGUGGUGGUCUGUCGUGUAGAGGGCCAAGUAACAACUUUGAAGUCAUAGCCUACUCAUAGGGCAUCAGCCAGUCUUAUCUUUGUGGAGUUGUUUUAAUUUCACUCAUAUUUUAGGUGUAACAAUUAGUACACUUUUAAGGGAAUUAAUUUUCACUUAGAUAUAUUGUUGUUCAAAAAGAAUAAUAGGCGUAAAUGUAUUGUAGUUAAUGGAAAAGCUAUGCACUUAAAAA